CGCCGCCCAUCACGCUGCACGUCUGCACACUCGCCCUCCACGGUGCGGCUUCCGGUGCCAUCGACGACGGGCCACAGGACUCGCGACGCCACGCACGGCUUCUCAGAUCAGCACAGCCGAGCGCGCCAGAAACGCCCAGCCUUGUGCCAGGAAGAGGUCAGCAGAGCGUUGAGCCCGCGUCCAGGCCGCGCUGUCUCGUGCGCAUCUCUUUGACAUCUCCUGGACCUCACCUCUUCCGCCGACAUUCUUUCGCCUUUUGCGCCGGCAGCGCAUCGUCUGAGAACAGUCGCUCGUUAACCCCACAGUGCACGGCAUCAUGUCCGAGCGAACGUAUGGAAUACCGCUGGGCCACGUACAAGGUUCGCAGCAAACUCGCACGCCGGAAUCGCCGGGCGAGGCAAUGGGAUACACACCGCAUUAUGGACACGAUUACAGAGACGCUGGCAACCCAUACGACUCACGAAUGAACACGCAUUCACCAGGACCUUAUCACGAUGCCUAUGGCCCGCCAUCACCGCCACCGCACAUGCAUGGGCCUGUGAGCCCGAUACAUCAGGAAUCGCAAACCUCUCUCGCGCCACUCACAGAAAACCAAGCGGUGGGCUAUUCGCCCUCGGUGUCGACAAACCGAAGUAUUCAAAGAAACGCUCCUGCCAUGCCGGCAGGCGCAGGAGCAGGCCUUGGCGCUGCAGGAUACGGCCAAUCUUUACCACGACAUCACUCAUAUUAUGGCGACGAGUACGAUUCUUUUGACCCGAGCACAAUCGAGGACGAUGGAGAUGACGGGAUUCCAGAUCGAUCCCGAUCGCGAAAUAAGUUAGGCUUUGGAGCGGCUGCCGGAGCUGGUGCCGCUGCAGGUGCCGGCACAGGCGUUGGCAUGAAGGCGAUGAACCGGGGCUCCAGCGGCCUCUACGGGCCUGUUGGAAACGACGCCGAGAAGUCGGAGUGGCUAUCCAAACAGACUGACAGAAGCAGUCGCAAAAAGAAGUGGAUCAUUGGCUGCACCAUUGCUGCCAUUCUGGUCAUUGGCGGCAUCGUUGGCGGCGUCGUUGGCGGUAUUCUUGCUAACAACAAGGACGAAAACGAGCGCGGGUCGAGUGGAGGCUCCUCGACAGUUGGUUCAGACAGUGCUGGCCUUUACGACCUCAAUUCGAGGCAAGUACAGGCCGUGCUCAACGACGACCGGUUGCAUAGAGUGUUCCCGACCAUUGAUUACACGCCGUGGUAUGCUCAAUAUCCAGCUUGUUUGAGCCCUGGAGGUGGACCUACGCAGAACAACGUCACACUCGACAUUGCACGUCUUUCACAAUUAGCUGCAUCGGUCCGCCUUUAUGGUACCGAUUGCAACCAGACCGAGCUGGUUCUGGAAGCCAUUGAGCGCCUGGAGAUGCAGGAUACCAUGAAAGUCUGGCUCGGGGUAUACCUGGAUGGAAGAAAUCAGACGACGAAUGACCGCCAACUGAAGGACCUCUACCGGAUUCUGGACAACUAUCCACAUGACAGAUUCGUCGGAGUUAUUGUCGGAAACGAAGUUCUCUUCCAAGAGACUAUGACAGUAACAGAGCUCGCGGCGCAACUUGACGAGGUCCGCAGCAAUUUCUCUUCAAGAGGAAUCAACUUGCCUGUCGCCACUGCCGACUUGGGUGACAACUGGGAUGCAGAUCUUGCGAAGGCCUCGGAUAUCGUGAUGUCGAACAUCCAUCCUUUCUUCGCAGGUACCGUUGCUGAGGACGCAGCUGGCUGGGCGUGGUCUUUCUGGCAGAACAAAGAUGUCGCCCUCACCUCUUCGGAAACAGGCACAAUAGGUUCCGUCACGUAUCCCAAGCAAAUCAUUUCGGAAAUCGGCUGGCCGACCCAAGGAGGUAACGACUGCGGUGUGUCUUCGGAUCCAGCUUUUGGCUGCAAGAGCGAGACAGACGGCGCAGUGGCCAGCAUUGAGAAUCUCAACACAUUCAUGGAUGGCUGGGUCUGCGAGGCACUGAAAAACGGCACCACGUUCUUCUGGUUCGAAGCUUUUGACGAGCCAUGGAAGCACCAGUUCGACACGGAACACAACAAAUGGGAACCCUACUGGGGCAUCUUCGACAAGGACCGAAAUUUGAAGAAGGGCAUCAAAAUCCCCGACUGCGGAACGUCGGUGGCUAAGCCAUAUUGAUGAAUUGUUUAGCAUUUGGCGUUUUUGGUACCUUUUUUUCUGCGACCUUCACGAUUGACAUGAGUAUUGAGAGAGAAAUGCAUUAAGGUGUGUGGGAAUAUGUGAAAUGGACUGAACCCAGCAAAAGGGUCAAAAAAUCGCAUAGACGAUGUGCGGAGCAUUGUGGUGUCUUAUCAGGAAUGGCACACACACACAGUUAAUGGUGGACCGAACAUGUAGCCAACGUGUGCGAUGCGCUUACAAGCUCGGAUUCUAGCUGUGGUUGAGAGACUUGUGCUGAUCGAUACUUGGUCGCCAUUUCAUUUCCUGAGACUCUCGCCGUCGUCUUCUUCAUAGACGUUGUGGCAAUGCUACAUGCCAGUCCCGUUCACUUCUUCACUUCUUCACGAGUCCAGCACCAGCACCAGCUCCACCCUCAUGGCAUGACCAUCCAUCACGCGGUCAACAACCAGC